UAUUUGCCCCGCCGUAAUCCACGAGGCUCGAUAUCACGGUCUUUACUGUCGCGCAGACUGAAGAAACCAUUUCCCACAUAUUUGAGUUAUCUUUGUCGCAAACAUGGGCUCCGAAUCUCCAGCAAAGCGGAAAUGUAUGGGCGCAGACUGCGAGAACGAUGCAGGCACUCUUCAAUGUCCCACCUGCCUUAAGUUAGGUAUGAAGGACAGUUACUUCUGCUCGCAAGACUGUUUUAAGAGGAAUUGGUCUACACACAAAUCCGUUCACAAGGGUAACUUUCUCAGAAAUCUCAUACCUCCAAAAGUAGUCUCUGAACCCGACCCAGUCACCGGUACACACAAUCCCUUUCCGGCCUUCUCCUUCACUGGACCUCUGCGACCAGUUUAUCCUCUUUCCGCAAGACGAGAAGUUCCAACGUCGAUAAAGCACCCAGAUUACGCCAAAGAUGGGACACCACAUAGCGAGCUUACAUUUAAGGGAAGAACCCAAAUUGAUAUAUUAGACAAGAAGGGUCAAGCGGGAAUGAGGAAGGUGUGCAGACUUGGACGAGAAGUGUUGGAUAUUGCCGCAGCAGCCUUGAAACCAGGCGUUACUACCGAUUACAUCGACGAGAUUGUCCACAAGGCCUGCUUAGAGCGCAAUUCAUAUCCUUCGCCACUGAACUACAACCAUUUCCCAAAAUCCGUAUGCACAUCACCCAACGAAGUCAUCUGCCACGGCAUUCCUGAUCAGCGAGUCUUACUGGACGGCGAUAUUGUGAAUAUCGAUGUUACACUAUACCAUGGCGGAUAUCAUGGGGACUUGAACGAAACAUAUUACGUCGGCGACAAGGCGAAGGCUGAUCCUGAGUCCGUUCGGGUAGUCGAAGCUGCGAGAGAAUGUCUGGACGAGGCUAUCAAGCUUGUGAAGCCUGGCGCUCUCUUCCGAGAAUAUGGCAAUGUUAUCGAGAAGCAUGCCAAGUCGAAAGGCUGCAGUGUUAUCAAGGCAUAUUGCGGCCACGGCAUCAACAGCUUAUUCCAUUGCGCGCCAAACAUCCCGCAUUAUGCCAAGAAUAAGGCUGUUGGUGCUGCGAAGGAGGGCAUGUGCUUUACGAUUGAGCCUAUGAUCGCACUGGGGACACAUAGAGACAGGACGUGGCCAGAUAACUGGACCAGUGUGACGCAAGAUGGGAAGAGGACAGCUCAGUUUGAGCAUACUUUGCUUGUGACUGCUGAUGGGGUUGAGAUAUUGACGGCAAGACUCCCGGAGUCUCCAGGUGGACCAGAAUCAAUGCCAGUUGUUGAGACGAACGGAGAGGAGAAACCUGAGGUCAACGGCCAUUGAUGGUAACGAAAUGACAUUGUGUCGUCACCAAGAAAAGUUGAAGGCGUUAUAUCAAGUGCACGGAGCGUAGCGACUGGGCGAAUGGGAGUGGAGAGCAUGGACUUGAGCAGACACAGUGUCUUAUAACAAACAAAUAAAUAAAUCAACGAUGUGUCGAAGGC